GCAUUGAUAUUUAUAGAUGUGAUAACAGUAAUACGUAUUGAGUCUGAUAUUAAGGAAAUCAGAGAUUCGAGAGGAAAAAUACCAAAUGCAUCAAAGAAAAUGGCAGAAAAAUUUCAUAUUGGUGCUCGUCGUGUAUAUGAAAUAUGGGAAUAUACUGAAUGUCUUCAACAAGAUCUUGACCAUGUCAGCUUUUCAGCUGAUGAACCACAAAAUAUAGAGGCUUCAGUUAUAGAAUCAUCAAUAAAAAAGAGAAGAUCCAAAUCUCAGACUAAAUCUGUAUUAUGUAAUAAUGAGCUCCGUUCUCAUAUAUCUGAUUCAAUACCUACCAAUAACUCUACAGAAAAAAUAAGUAGUGAGGAUCUGGGCGCAUUAUAUGAAAAAGAAUCCAGAAGAGAUGAGAAAAAUAAAGCAAAUAUGACUCACCUAUUAGCUACUACUAAUCUAUAA